GCCAUUUCUAUCAAUAUUUUGUCCACAGUAAAUAUUUGUUUUAAUGAGAAGCUGUGAAUAAAUCUUUAUAAACGAAUCACUACUAGCAAACCAAUUGAUACCCCGGCCAAAGUAACAUAGAUCACUAAAUUAAAUAGAGAGAGAAAAAUAGAAAUUCAGCUAAAAAGCAAUACAAAUGGGAUACUCCUAUUACAGACAUACAGACCCAAAAAAUAAGCAGUAUUUAUCUAUGAAUUAUAGCUGGAGAAGUAUAUGUGUAACCGUGUCAUUGAUCCAUACUGUGUGUUUUGUCAAGACAAUAGUUUUUCCAAAUAUAUAAUUAGUAACUUAUCGAACUGAGGGACCGUAUACAACAUAAUAACAAGUAUUAUACAACGGCUGCGAGGCAAUGAACAAUCUGAAUCAAUAUGAGAAACACUAGACCAAUAUCAAAUAAGGAACUAUGAGUAGAUCUUAAAGUCUUAUCUGCUUCACAAAGGGAUAUUUAAUUUAAUGGUGGUAGUGAAACAACAGAAUAGUAGUAGUCUCGGGAAUAUUGGUUUAGUCGGUAAACACAUAGCACAUUUGGAAAUAACUGUUUUAAGGAUUUCCUAUGAAAAGUAAAAGACACCUAUUGACAAAUAGGGAUUUCCUAUUGUUUUAAGGAUUUCCUAUGAUAAGUAAAAAACACCUAUUGACAAAUAUAAUCUAAUUGACUCACACCUUUGAGUUGACCGAUAUGAUUCUAUGUUCAAGAAACGCCCAUUCACAACUUUUCAAAUAUAACGGCAAAGUCAAUAGACCGUUUGCAUGCGUUAUGUACAGGGUGUAUUCCGCCUUUCAUUGCGCUGCCCGCAAGUGUGUCUUAUCUAAGUUUAAAUUUCGAAAAGUCUACCCACCAAAAUACUUAAAAUAUUUUACUUUUGAUAAGAGUUUUGUCAGACUAGUUCGAAGACUUCCACUGUGAAGAGGUUAGUGCAUUUGUGUUGAAUAAGUUUUGAGUAAAUGGCAAAAAAUCGCAGAUAUGAGCCCAGCGGCUCCGUUCGGUUAUUGGGAGUGCGACAUCUUCAAUGUUUCUUGCUCUUCCUUGGGACGUCGGUGGCGUUUGCAAUGCGCGUGAAUUUAUCAAUGGCGAUCGUAGCAAUGCUGGAUACAACUUCGACAACUCCUGGUAUACCUGUUUAUAAUUGGUCUGAAAAAACAAAAUCUGUUGUGUUAAGCAGUUUUUUCUGGGGCUACGUUGGCACACAAGUUCCUGGUGGUUACUUAGCUCGUAAAUUUGGAGGAAAAGCGAUGUUACUUUAUGGAGUACUUAUUUCUUCGGUGCUAACAAUAUUAACACCAGUGACAGCAAAAAUUGGCAACUGGCAGUUAUUGUGUGCUUCUAGGUUAUUGCAAGGACUCAGUCAAGGCGUAUUUUUUCCAUCCGUGCACACAAUAUUAUCCCAAUGGGCGCCAUUGGAGGAGCGUGGUUUACUUGGCACCUUCUCGUAUGUUGGUAGUCAAUUCGGUACUGUCGUCAUGUUAGCGACAAGCGGAAUUAUGAUAUCAUCUUCCUAUGGUUGGCCGAGCAUAUUUUAUAUAUCAGGGUUUGUAGGCCUUUUAUGGGUAGUUGUAUGGGUUAAGUGGGGUGCAAGCACACCAAGUGAUUUUAAAACAAUUUCAGCAUCCGAAAAGCAUCUUAUAGAAAGUUCUAUUGGACAUACAAAUGAAGAAUCGGCGCAAAACAUGAAAAUACCUUGGAAACGUAUAUUUACCUCUGUACCAUUUUGGGUGCUCUUCUGUGUACACUGUGCGCAUAAUUGGGGUUUCUGGACGUUAUUAAUCGAAAUUCCUUCAUAUUUAAAACACGUGCUUAACAUGAAUAUCAAAAGCAAUGCUUUACUGUCAGCAUUACCUUAUACAGUAAUGCUGAUAUUAGGUAUUGUAUUUGCUAUCAUUUCGACAGUGCUAAGUAAACGGAAGUGCAUACCUCUCACGCUAAGUCGAAAGAUUUUUAAUACAAUUGGUCAUUGGGUCCCAAUGGUAACGCUCAUUUGCCUUUGUUAUGUUGAACCUGGACAAACAACCUUGGCAAUUUUGCUCCUCACUAUAACGGUAGGCAUUAAUUCAGCUGUAACCUUAGGCUUUCAAAUAAAUCAUAUUGAUUUAUCUCCCAACUUCGCUGGAGUCUUGAUGGGUAUUACCAACUGUGCGGCAAAUAUAACAGGAAUUAUUGCACCUUUAGCAGUGGGCUUCAUUGUAACGGACGUGACAAGUGCGGAGCAGUGGAAUCAAGUAUUUUUCAUAGCAGCUGGCAUCUAUUUCGUUGGUAAUUUACUGUUCAUAUCGUUUGGUACAGCCAACGUACAACCAUGGAAUGAUCCUUUACCAAAGCCACAAGAAUUAAGUCUCAUUGAGCAAAAGCCAAGUAAUAUAAAUGGCUAACUGCUAGUAAACUGUGUAAGUCAAAUCGUCGUGACUAUGGGACUAUGUUGAAGAAAACUGUGAUAAUAUUUUUUUCACGGAGAAGACUGCUUAAGUGAAGUGAAAAAUAUAGAAUUUUUG